GCGUUCACUCAGUCGAGGAGUUUAGACCAGUUACUAGUCACUAACUAGCGAUUCUAGUUAAUUGAAAUUAAGGAAGUAGGAUGUACAACCCAGGCUACCAGGUGGACGUGAUCGAUCCGUAUUAUCAGACCCCCGUGGAGGUUAUAAACGUAGUGCAACCUCCUCCACCCGUGGAGGUCAUAAUGCCGUCACCCAUGUACAACCAACCGGUGGUGGUGGUGGAGCAGCCCUCCUACAACCAGCCAGGACCUCCGCCAGGACCAAGUGACGCCGAGUGCUGCAUGCUGCUGGGAGCCUGUUGUGUAAUGGAGGAGUGCGGCUUGUGUGUCAUAUCCUAAAGUUGUGCAAUCGUGGAAUACUUGAUAUAAAUAAGAACUAUGUAAAACCAAACGCUAAAUAUAGACUGAAUUUAAG